CCUUUAUCUUGUGUGCCUUGACCCAAAGUCCCUCUCCUCCACACGGUCUUGUUGAGGCCAAGCUCCAUCUUGCAAUGUUGACUUUGUAGCAGUACAAAGGGAAAAUCACUGGCCCUAGACCUUCAGUUUUCCGUCGGACAGCACAGACCAAAGACAGCUGAAGGUGUGUACGCGGAGAGUGGAAGUGGCACCAAUCAGUUUACACCGAGAUCGGUCCUACAAAGAUCUUGACACUCGUUGCCUUGUCAGUUGCGUGUAGGUGAGAAAGAUGAAGGAGUGGGUAAAAAUCAUGAUGAAUUCGAAGCAUAAUAAGCUCCCCGGGAGCCGUCUUUGCUGUGGUUUUAUUUCGGGAAGGCUUUUGACAGAUUGGAAAGAACCGCAAAUCGUGGAAUUUUGACAAGAACUCUCCGAAACAGUACCCAUAAUGGAGAUCCUCCCCAGGCUUUUGUUUGCAGCACUGCUAUUUUGGGGUGCGGUCCAUGGACUGGUCAUUGAACCUGUUGGGGGCCUGGACAGUGUCGAGCCCACGGGACAUAACGAAACCGCCUUCGGAGGAUGCACACGCUGGUAUAUGACACCAGGAACCCACCCCCUCGACAUGGACUUCUUAGCAGAAUGCCAGACGGAAGAUGGUUCGUAUCUGAAGUCACGACAAUAUCUCGGACAGUGCAUCGCCAACGUCGAUGGUUAUCUGAUCAUGCAAGACAAUGGAUGGUUUGGUAAUACCUGCGGUGAUUGCUGGCUCAGUCCCGACCCCAAAGGGAAGUUGGGUAUGUUUACAUGGCUUCACUGCAGCUGUUAUGAUGGCGAGAAGUGGGGAGACACCUACAUAAAUCUUGAUGGUAUUAUCAGCAAUUUUCAUGGUUUGCUCAGUUGCCUCGGUCACGUUGCGGUACCGGCCUGAUGGGAGGGAAGUAUGUGGUGGGCUGGGGUGUCUGUGGAGUUUAGAGCCACCAAGAGUUCUGGCUUUUAGGUCUUGUUUGGAUAGUGG